UCCUUUUUAUAUAGUCGAGGACACCGCGUGUUUAAGAUAAACAGACGGAUGAAUUUUGUACAUUUUUGUUAGUUUAACAUCACAAUGGAAGCUUCCAGUAACGUAACCCCUGAGGUCAUUACAAUUGUGGACAGUGAAGUCAGCACGGAUACUUUCGAAAAAGUGAAAUCAAAGAAAACUCAGAAACGUAAACAUGACAUGGGUGAAGUGGAAAUGGAAUCUGAAGACACGGUGGCACCGAAGAGACCACAAUUUCCACCAGUAUCUGGUGACAGACUAAAGGGGGGUGCUGAUGAAAUGAGAAAAAUACCAGUUCCUUCACACCGAUACACACCCUUGAAAGAAAACUGGCUCAGAAUUUUCACCCCCAUUGUUGAGAACCUGCAACUUCAAGUCAGAUUUAAUCUCAAAACAAGAAAUGUGGAGAUUAAAACAUGUAAGGAAACACAAGAUAUUGGUGCCCUCACAAAAGCAGCAGAUUUUGUAAAGGCCUUUGUUUUAGGAUUUCAAGUUGAGGAUGCACUUGCACUAAUCAGAUUGGAUGAACUGUUUCUGGAAACCUUUGAUAUCACAGACGUUAAACCUCUUAAGGGAGAUCACCUGUCUAGAGCUAUUGGUAGAAUAGCAGGCAAAGGAGGAAAAACUAAAUUUACCAUUGAAAAUGUCACAAAAACCAGGAUUGUCCUUGCAGACACGAAAGUACACAUAUUGGGAUCCUUUCAAAAUAUCAAAAUGGCACGGACUGCUAUAUGCAACCUCAUCUUAGGGAGUCCGCCAUCAAAGGUCUAUGGGAACAUUCGGGCAGUUGCCAGCCGAGCAGCUGAGAGAUUCUAAAAUGGAGAUUCGAAUGGGAUCUAUGGACACACUGAUCUUUGACCUGAUAGAAGAUUAUUGCAGACCCAGAAAUAUGAUAAAUCAGACUCACAAGAGCAAUAACCUUUAAUGUUGAAGAAAGAUCUUUACUUUGCUGUGUGGAGCUGCCUAGCGAUCAGAAGACUCUUCAUUUGACAGAUCACCAAUUGCUAUAAAUAUCGCAAAUAAAUAAACAUAUAAUAAAAACCUGUCCCACCAAAAAAGAGGCAAACUCUAUAAGAAUUAUUAUAUUUUAAUGAUUUAUUUAUGUUUAUACAGUAUCAAGUCCAUGUAUUCCCACAGUAGGUAAUAUGAUGCAACAUGCAGAGUUGACCUCCCCUAACCUAAAAUGAAAGUUUGGAGAUAGAGAUAUAUAUCUAAGAUGAAUUGAAAUUAAUUUGACCUAAAGGAUAAGCCAUUUCUUUAAAUGAAAACAAACAAAAACAAAUAUUUUAAUUGCCUGAUUAAGCUGUAAGUCUGGUCACUGUGACUCCACUAUUCUAAUAAAAUUAUAUAUAAAUUUUCUAAAAUAUCUUUUCUAAAAUUUGGUGACAUCCAUGGUGUGCAGAUAUUUCAUAUAUCACAACCUAACUAAACAGUAGGAGUUCUGAAAAUUGUUAAGCAUGCAGAUACGAUGUGCAUGCAAGCACUGAAGAAGCUUCUAGGGUUCCAAGACACGAGUGUUGCAGCCUAAGAAAAGGUAUAGGUGCAUAGGAUGGGUAAAGAGGCAAACCCCAUUUCCAGCCAAACCUUACUCUUUUAAUGACAAAACCAUAAUAGUGACAUUAAUAAGCACUCUAUUUGGGUGUGAGGUUUAAACUACAGUACAUGGUAUAUCCAGAUGGCAUGCUGAGAUCAAAUUUUAGUGUGUGGUGUUUGAUGAUGUAAUCCUGAGAUCGCAUAAUACAUAUAGAUUCUUUUUAAAAUGACAAUAAUGCUGCUUGUAUUUAAACAUCAAAUUUGAUUCAGUAGAUCCUUUCAGUGCUUCAUAAUAUGCCCACUGCCCAUAGAGAAACUGAAACGUAUUUAAAAGAAAAUGUUGAUUUUCAUAGGGAAUUUCCUUGCAGAAGCAGAUACAUUUAAGUAAACCUAUAAAUACAAUUAUUUUCUUGGCAUCUAUUUCUAGUGAGUUACCCUCCAAUAAUAUAAACAUAUAUAAAUAAACAUUUUUUUUCACAGUUAAUACAAAAAUGGUAUUAUGAAACAUGAUUAAAUGCAAGAAUGAUAGAAGAAUCU